CCUAUAAUUUAGAAAUUUAUGUUGCCCCCGUUGCAGAAAUUAUUAAGGUAAUCAAGGAAUGAAAUGAUUUCAGGUUUCAAUUGCGACAAUUGCAGUUGCAGUAGAAUGCCCUAUUGGAAAAUCACCAAAUCGGGUCCAUAAUUAAUCACAUGGCAAAUCAAAGUCUUGCGUUCCAGAGAAACUGCAACGCCAUUCCCCUGUUCCUAUCAUUCUUACAUCAACUUCUCUAGAUGGUGAAUAAUAAUGGAUGCAUUGAGCAUUUGUGGGCAAACAUUCAUAUGAUUCAAUCCUAAGUAAUCUCCUAUUCUUCGAGAUUGAAUAAAUUAUUCGGCCUCAAGAAGACCCGGAUGUUGCAAAUUUGUCAUGAACAGUGACCAAAUCCCACGGGACACAAACAUGGCAAUUCAGCCCUAACCGGAAACCAUCCGCCCUGUUGGUUUUUUUUAUAUAAUGCAACCUCAAGGAACCGUAGAAGAAUCAUCACUUCACCUAAUACCAUCCCCAUUUCCAGCCCCAAAUUCUAUCAAUCUUUGUUCAGAAUAUUCUCACCUUCAAACUUUAGCUCUAGCCUUUAGCCAUGGAAGUUUCUCCACCGCCGGCCACCGUAUGCGUCACCGGAGCUUCCGGGUUCAUGGGCUCGUGGCUCGUCAUGAGGCUUCUUCAACGCGGCUAUACUGUCCGCGCAACCGUUCGCGAACCAGGGAACAUGAAGAAGGUGAAGCCGCUGGUGGAGUUGCCAAAUGCCGACACCAACUUGACGCUGUGGAAGGCGGAUCUGGGCGAAGACGGGAGCUUCGAUGAGGCCAUCGAAGGUUGCUCCGGCGUGUUUCAUGUGGCCACGCCCAUGGGCUUCGACUCAAAGGACCCUGAGAAAGAGGUGAUUGAUCCGGCAAUUAACGGAGCAUUGAGCAUCAUCAGAUCAUGUGCCAAGGCCAGAACAGUGAAGAGGCUGGUCUUCACCUCUUCCGCCGGAACCGUCGACGUUCAGGAGCCCGGCAAACCGGUCUACGACGAGACCGACUGGAGCGACCUGGACUUCAUCCAUGCCCGAAAGAUGACUGGCUGGAUGUACUUUGUGUCGAAAAUGCUGGCUGAGAAAGCAGCCUCGGAAGCCGCGAAAGACAGCAAAAUUGAAUUCAUCAGCAUCGUUCCAACAUUGGUUGUUGGACCUUUUAUAAUUCCAACUUUCCCACCAAGCCUCAUCACUGCUCUCUCGCCCAUCACUGGUGGUGCAGGAAAUGAGGGUCACUUGUCGAUCAUCAAGCAAGGCCAGUUCGUGCACAUAGACGAUCUCUGUGAAGCUCACAUCUUCUUGUAUGAGCAUCCUGAAGCAGAGGGCAGAUACAUUUGCUCUUCCCAUGAAGCAACCAUCUAUGAUUUGGCUGAAAUGAUGAGGGUGAACUGGCCUGAAUACAAUGUCCCAGCUGAGUUUAAGGGGAUUGAGAAGAACUUGUCAAUUGUGACAUUCUCGUCGAAGAAGUUGACAGGAAUGGGGUUUGAAUUUAAGUACAGUUUGGAGGAGAUGUUCAGAGGAGCCAUUGAUAGUUGCAGAGAAAAAGGGCUGUUACCCCACUCUUCUGAAACUUCUGCUGAAUGUCAUUCCUCUGAAAGCCCUGCCACUGGCAAGAUCUAAAAGUGCACGAAAAAAAAAAAAAAACCUUGGAGGAUUCAGUGUAGUAAUUUUCAAUUUUAAAAUGCUUAAUUGCUUAUAUGGAAUGUUGGAUCUGAUUUUAUUUCUCUUUCAUGAACAGUCAUUUUUAUACAUUAUGCUGAAAAUGGGAGUAAAUAAGAGUGCUGUAAAACCCAUUGCCUAAAUUCUAUAUAGUGCUUCUUUCCCUCUUAU